UCACAUAUCUUCUGAAUCGUUCUUCAGAGGACUUUAGAAACGUUCUUCAGAGCUUUAGGUGUCUUCUGAAACGGUCUUCAGAUGUCUUCAGAGAUAUUUAGAAACGUUCUUCAGAGCUCUUCUGGUGUCUUCUGAAAUGGUCUUCAGAUGUCUUCAGAGGUAUUUAGAAACGUUCUUCAGAGCUCUUCAGAGGUCUUCAGAGGUGUUCAGAUGUCUUCAGAUAUAUUCUUUAGAUGAUUUUAGAUAUAUUUAGACGUCUUCAGAGGUCUCCUGAAACGGUUUUUAAAACUUACAUUAGCAUUGAACGUAGAAAAAAUAUACUUUGUUGAAGCAAAUCCUACAUUAUUAGAGUAACAGAUUCAUGAUUAACAUGUCAUAUGGUCUUACGACUUCAAAACUCACGAAAAUAUGAUACAUAUUUCCAAAAAAUCCCAAAAGAUACAAUGAAUGACGUAAUACCCGUUUAAAUUUAGUCAAAAUCUGACCAAUACUAACAAAGAUAUGUGGUGCUUAACACAGGUGACGAUUGUAACAAAAAAUUCUACUCGUUUAAAUUUAGUCACAAUCUGAUCGAUACUAAUAAAGAUAAGCGGUGUUCAACAACGAAUGACAUGCAGAUGAGUGUUGCAGCAAAAAUUCUUCUCAGUAACUUGCUAAGUCAUUGAGAUUUCUUACAAUGACUAAUGACGAAGUAUGUCUAUAAAUAUAAAUUACAUCGAUAAUAGCCGAAUACUUAGGUCCUUACGGCUACUGAGCCUAAUUUUUCUCUUCAGCGUUAAUAUACGUCACGUUUCCGUUACAAUGUUAUUUUUCCCGUUUAAUUCUAUCCGAUAAUAGCCGCUACUAAGGUUCUUCUGGCUUUGCACAUGGUUUUUCUCUUCAAAAUUAAUCGUUCUCUACAUAAAGUCGUUUGUUCCGUUUAAAUCGGGCUAAUAGCAAUAAAGUUUGAUGUUUUUGUCUAUUUUACUGUUUACUACUUUUUAUCUUCGGCGUUAAUCUACGGCUCGUUUCCUUUACAAUGUCAUUUUUUCUCGUAUAACUCUAUUCGAUAAUGAAAAUAUUAAUUAUUAUAGAAAGUUUUAUUACCCAAAAUUUACAAUUUUAAAAUUAUACAAUUAUUAUCUUAUAUCAUUAUAUUAAAUAUUCAAUUGUCUUAACAAAAAAAAUGUUAGAUUCUUCCGCUUCUAUAAAUAAAAAAUCGUUGCUUUCAGUGACACGUCUAGAAUUGUUUUUCUCAUUGAUCAAUUUUAUUUUCUCUCUAAGAUGAUAAAGACUAAAGCUGCUCAUUUAUUGUUGUUAAAAACUUUACUUUGAAAUUAUAAAGUUUAUGAACGUUAUACAUGUGUUUAUAAAUGCAUGUUCGGCCCAUUACUUUUCCACAUUCUUCACAUUGAACAGGUUUCCGAUCAUAUGUCCACUGCCAUUUCUUAAAGUCCUCGUAAUUGUCCCAUGAGUUUGAGUUAAAUGGAAUCCAUUUUCCGAAAUUUCUGCCUUCCGUAAUAUAACAUUUAUCACAGUGUACUCGUCCUGUAUCAGGAUACGUCUUGUGACAACGCUCACAAAUCUUCUCCAUGUCUGCUCAGUACGACAAGUAAAUAUAGAAUGAACUAGAAAUAAUUUUUGUGGUCCAUACAUAGACAUUCAAAAUUAAUGAUAGUUUAAUUACAAUACAUCAAUAGGGAAGUAUAGGAUAUAAAUUUAUUAAUAAUUGAGAAGCAUUUGACACUUUUUCUCGUUUUUAUACGAUGAAGAAAUAAUUGAUUUCUACAGAUCGCAGUUCUCUCAUUUCAAAAUGUCUCCUAAAAAAGUGCUCAAUUUGACGAUUAGCGUUAAAAUGCACCAUUUUUACAUGUUUUCUUAUGACGAACAACACACAAAUUUGCUAAAGUCAGGGGCCUUUUGAAAACAUUUUUAAAACCAUUCAGUCUUCCGUCCGACCAAAAGUUUACCUUAUACCUAUUAACUUUUGUCAUUCUAUUUCAGAUCGUUGUGGUGUUCAGUCGUGUUUGCUGAAGUUCUUGGUGAGAUUUUUAGAAAAUUUUGAACUUUUUAUAUUUUCAAUUUUUAUCCUACUUCGUGAAUUUAGUUCUUACCAUUUUUUGCCACAGACAUUUUUGAAUUAUUUCCAUUUGUAACAAUGGACCCUCCAAAUGCAAUUGUUGAUAAAGUUCAGACCCAUCUCAAAGAUCUUAAAUUACACUCUGCAGCGUCUAUAGAGUUUGGAUUAAAACUAUGUAAUAACGCUGUUCGAGCUCUAAAUAUACACUUGAAACUUGCUAAGUCAAUAUCUGAAAAGCAACAUAUCACAGCAUGUCAUGCAAAAAUUAAAAGUUUUAAAGCUUCAUAUCAAGCAUCACGCGCUAUCGGCUUUGGAGAUCCACAAAAAACAGCUAAACAUAAUGUAAAAUGGGAUGAUUCAUUCUCUGCAUUUAAAAAUCGAGUAAGAACUGGAGUUAUUUCCAAUCUACAGCAUAUAGAUCCUAAUCUGUUCUUGAACGAUUGUGUACAACUUUUCUGCAGACGAAUUAAAAUUGCUCUCAAGAAACAUGAAUCAUUUAAAAUUAAUACAGUUUUCUGUGGGAGAUUUGUUAUUGAGAAAGCUGAUGAACAAAUUUAUGAAUAUAAAUGUUUUGAAACUCCAAAUUCAGCUGUUUUUAGAGACACUGAUUUAGCGAAAUGGUUUAAGACCAAUGUUCAACAAUCAAUAAUGGGUAAGUUGGAGGAUUUUCAAGAACAGCUGAGUGGAUGGGCAUUAGAAAGUAUAUUAAAUCUACAAGUUAAUAUUAAUAAGUACAACCCGUUGAAGGGAUCAUCAUAUAUCGAGCUACCACAUCAAAUUAAAAAAAAAAAAGCAUGCAUUAAUAUCAAAAACAUGGAUGAUGCUUGUUUUGCUUGGGCGGUCACUGCAGCAUUACAUCCAACAUCGUAUGGUAGUCACCCAGAUAGGGUUUCAUCAUACCCUCACUACUCAUCAGUACUGAAACUAAAAGGAAUUCAGUUUCCGAUGACGUUAAAUCAAAUUCCCAAUUUUUCGAAACAGAAUAAUAUAUCAGUCAAUGUCUAUACCUUACGACUAUGUAGAAACAGAUAUGUUACAACCCCUCUACGGCUUGCUAAAGAAAAGAAGGCUAAUCAUGUAAAUCUACUGAUGAUUUUCAAUAAAUAUUAUGAUGAAUACUAUAAUGAUUGGCUUGAGAAUGAGGAUGUGGGUUUUGAUACGCACUUUGUUUUAAUAAAAAAUUUAAGUCGACUCGUUUCUACACAAAUUAACGAAGAUGGGCAUAAAAAAUAUUUUUGUGAUCGUUGCUUCCAUUGUUGUUAUACAGCUAAAGGGUUCGAACAACAUACAAUGGAUUGUCGAAAAACAAUUGUUUGUAGACAUCGAAUGCCAAAAGAAAAUGAUCAAGUUUAUUUUAAACAUUAUAAAAAUAAAAUGAAAGCUCCCUUCAUGGUUUAUGCUGAUUUGGAAUGUGUGUUGAGAUCUACUGACGACCCUAAAAAAUAUCAGAAACAUGUUCCAUGUAGUAUUGGAUACUAUUUGAAAUGUUCUUAUGAUGAUAGUUUAUCAUUUUAUAGAUCAUACAGAGGAGAAGAUUGUAUGCAAUGGUUCACUAAAGAACUUGAACAACUGGCUGAAGAUGCAGAGACUGUUUUUUUAUGUCCAUAUGAUAUGAAUAUUACCCCUGAACAGGAAAUAAAAUUCCAAAAAGCAACACACUGUCAUAUUUGUGAAAAGCCCUUUGCUCAGGGUGAUAAGAAGGUUCGUGAUCAUGAUCACUUAAUUCCUGAAAAUAACUACCGUGGUGCCAGCCAUGAUACUUGUAAUCUUGGGUUUAUAGAUAGCACAACCAUUCCCAUAGUAUUUCACAAUUUAUCAGGAUAUGAUUCUCAUUUUAUAAUUAAAGAUAUUGCCGUCAAUUGGGAGGGGAGCGUGGAUGUACUUCCAUUGACUAAAGAAAAGUAUAUAUCCUUUACGAAACAUGUUCCUGAAAAUCUGAUUAAAUUCAGGUUCAUCGAUUCUUUUAGAUUUAUGAAUUUAGGAUUAGAAGAAUUAGCCUCAUAUCUGACGGAGUUUCCACACAUGAAAAUGGAAUUUCCAGAACUUGAUGAUGAGCAUAUAAAUUUAUUGAGGAAGAAAGGAGUAUUUCCGUAUGAUUACCUCGAUAGUGUUAAUAAAUUUAAACAGACAACUUUACCAACUCAUAAAGAAUUUUAUAAUAAAUUAUGUGAUGAAAAUAUAACUGAAGAACAAUAUACUCACGCACAAAAUGUCUGGAAGAAAUUUAAUAUAAAGACGCUCGGCGAUUACAGUGAUUUAUAUUUAAAAACAGAUAUAUUAUUACUAGUUGAAAUUUUUGAACAGUUUAGAUCAAGUUGCCAUCGAACUUAUGGGCUUGAUCCAGCUCAUUACUUUACAUUACCCGGCUACACAUGGGACUGUAUGUUAUAUAAAACUAACCAGAAAUUGGAUUUAUUAUAUGAUUAUGAUAUGCAGCUGUUUAUAGAAAAAGGCACUCGAGGUGGUUUAAGUCAAGUUUGCGGAAAGAGAAGAGCUCACGCGAACAACAAGUAUCUUCCAAACUAUAACUCGACCAAACCCUCCAAAUACUUGAUGUAUUUUGAUUUAAAUAAUCAGUAUGGGUGGGCGAUGUCGCAAUAUCUGCCUUAUGGUGGGUUCGAAUGGAUACAUACUAAUAUUGACGUCACAUCCAUCCCUGAUGAAGGUCCAGAAGGGUAUAUUUUAGAAGUCGAUCUGAAGUAUCCACAACAUUUACAUGAUUUACAUAAAGAUUUACCGUUCUGUCCAGAAAAAAUGGCACCGCAGGAUGCCGCUAGAACCCAUGUAAAUGAUAUGAUUCAAGGAAUGAAAUCGCAUUUAUCUAAAGAGGAGAAACUUUUGGCAACUCUGGGCGAUAAGAAAAAUUAUGUAAUCCACUACAGAUAUUUGAAGCAAGCGUUAUCAAGAGGACUAGUACUAUCUAAAAUUCAUCGGGUCUUAAAGUUUAAUCAAUCUCCUUGGUUAAAAUCAUACAUUGAUUUCAACACAGAGCUUAGGAAGAAUGCCAAAAACGAGUUUGAAAAGAAUUUAUUUAAGCUCAUGAAUAAUGCGGUCUUUGGUAAGACAAUGGAGAAUAAGCGUAAACAUUCUCGAAUCGUUCUAGUUAGAGAGUAUGGUGGAAGAUAUGGUGCAGAAGCCCGAAUUUCAAGCCCGCUGUUUAAAAGUGCAACUGUAUUUGAUGAAAACCUUAUUGCCGUGGAGCUCCAUAGAUCUGAAGUAUUUUUUAAUAAGCCGACCUAUGUUGGCAUGAGUAUUUUAGACUUGUCUAAAAUUGUCAUCUAUGAUUUUCAUUAUGAGUAUAUGCUUAACAAUUUUCAAGACUGUUCCAUUAUUUAUACAGACACUGAUUCACUUAUCUAUGAAAUUCGAGAUCAGGAUCCCUAUGAGAUGAUAAAAAGAGAUUGUUAUCAAUAUUUCGAUACUUCCGAUUAUUCUGAAAAUAACAUUUAUGGAAUACCGCUUGUAAAUAAGAAGAUUAUAGGCCUAAUGAAGGAUGAAAAUAAGGGCGCUAUAAUGACAGAUUUCAUCGCGUUGCGAUCUAAAAUGUAUGUUUUAAAACUUCAUAAAAGCCCUGAAGAUUUGAGAAAGGAACGAAAUAGACAGCAAAAAAGUAGAUGUCCUGACAUUGAAAGAGCGAUGGCUAAUUUUGGCGUUGGAAAGAAAAUUAAAGGGAUUAAGAAAUCUAUUGUUAGGAACAAGAUUACAUUUGAGGACUACGUUGAAUGUCUGGAAAAAUGGACUGAGAAAAGAAUUAAUCAGAAUUUAAUUAGAUCAGACAAACAUUAUGUUCACUCUAUUACCCAAACCAAAGUAGCUCUUAGUCCAUUUGAUGAUAAAAGAUAUAUAAUCCCCGGAACGUAUGAAACGCUACCGUGGGGACACUAUUUAAUUAGAUCUACGAAUGAUGCUAAUUACUAUUUAGAUCAUGAUGAUCCUAUGGAUGAGGAUCCUAUCUUUUAAAUAUUUCACAUUUUAUCUAGUUUUAUAUAUAUAUAUAUAUAUAUAUAUAUAUAUAUAUAUAUAUAUAUUUUAAUAAUUUAUUGAGUGAUAGUUUUUAUUUGGUGCGUAAUAUAGUGGUUAGAUAAUCAAGGGAAAAUAAUAAACCAUGUACAUUAAUUUCAUGCUUCCAUCGUCUCCUAGGCACAAACUAGAGUCGAUUAAGUUAGCAUUAUCAUCAAAAAUAAGUAAAAGAGCCAUUACCAUUCGGUAUUCUAUAUAUAAAUUAGAACCGAUUAGGUUUUUAAAGAUGCCAAUUCCCAUCGGUAUCCUAGUGACAACCUAGAGCCGAUGAGGUUAUCAUAGUAAUCAAAAUAUUCAUUAUUCAUCAUGAAAACUUAUAUUCUUCUUUGUUUAGUUAACCAACAUAUUACAAUCAUUUUUUAUGGUUUUGUAGGCCUAUCGGGGAAGCUUUCCACUAUAAAAAAGCAACGCGCUGUGAGUUCUAUCUCCUUAUAUUAUAGGUAAUUGACAAAUUACUUAUAAUAUAUAAGAUGGUGUGGAAACGAACUUCUGAAAAAUAUCUCGUCAAUUAAAAAUUGUUUUAUUGUUUUUUUUUUUUUUCAGAUUACGAACCACCUCUAUGUUUAUUACUACAUAAAUAUUUGUUAUCAUUAG